CUAGUGCCGUGGGAAGCUACUGGAGGCUUUAAGCAUGAGAGUGACAUCAUCUGAUUUAGCUUUUAAAAGAUCACGUUGGCAGCUGUGUUUCUCCCUCUCAUUCACCACUAAAUCCUGAGCCUAGCACUGCUCCUGGCCCAUAGUGAGUGUUACAAUGUAUGUGUUGAAUGAAUGCAUGCCCCUGACUUUCUGUGUGACAUAGAGGUUGUCACUAGUCUCUCUCAACCUUAGUUUCCUCACCCGAAAAACAGUCUUUGGGGAUUCCACGCCAGAAUGGGUGGGCGGAACUGGGUUUAGGUUACCCACCUCCUCAAGCGGCCCUGAGACCCGAGUCCUACACCUCAGGGGAGGAAUGGGGGAGGGUCUUACCUCCGGGGGACCCUAACCGACGCGUAGCGGCCCUGCCCCGCCCUGUACCGCUGUCCGAAAGAUGCUGCAGCCGGGGCGGAGGGAUCAGCAGGCGAUCGCCGCCACUCCUGCGCGGAUUGGGUGUAACCGUGAUCUGCACCUCGCGAUUGGUCGAUCCAGAAGCAGGGGCGGGGCCUGAGUCCUGCGGCUGAGGGGCCGCGGCCAGAGCCGGGAAAGCUGCUGCGGAGCGAUGGCCGCGCCGAGCCCGGGACCCCGCGAGGUCCUGGCCCCGUCCCCAGAGGCUGGACGCAGAGUAGCCACUUCAAGUUCCAGCCGUGGUGGCCUUCUCUGGCGUCUACGAGACAAGCAGCCACGCCUAGGCCUGUUUGAGAUCGGCCCGGGGCAUGAGCUUCACCGGCUGACAUGUAUGAUGCAGGCAGGGCUGUGGGCUGCCACCCAGGUCUCUAUAGACCACCCACUCUUGGGACCACCCACUGAGGAGGAUUUCUCUGAGGUCAUGACCCAGGUUCAGGAGGGCUUCGAGCUGGGCACCCUGGCUGGCCCAGCUUUCGCCUGGCUGCGCCACUCCCUAGGCCUGGCGGAGAAGGACUAUCAGGCCUCGUUGGGGCCCGGCGGCCCCUACCUGCAGUUCCUCAGCACCUCCAAGAGCAAGGCCAGCUUCUUCCUGUCCCACGACCAGCGCUUCUUCCUGAAGACCCAGAGGCGCAAGGAGGUGCGGGCCUUGCUCGCCCACCUGCCCCGCUACAUGCAGCACCUGCGGCGGCACCCGCACUCGCUGCUUGCGCGGUUGCUGGGAGUGCACAGUCUGCGGGUGGCUCGGGGCAAGAAGGUGGGUGAGGCCGAGGCGAAGAGGCCGGGCCGGAGGGGGCAGCUGCAGGAUGAGAUCUUGUCCUCCCUCACUCCCUACCCCUGUCCGCAGAAAUACUUCAUCAUCAUGCAGAGCGUCUUCUAUCCCGCCAGCCGCAUCUCUGAGAGGUAUGACAUCAAAGGCUGUGAGGUGAGCCGAUGGGUGGAUCCGGCCCCUGAGGGCAGCCCCCUCAUCCUGGUGCUGAAGGACCUCAACUUUCAGGGCAAGACCAUCUACUUGGGUCUGUGCAAGGGGUACAGAGCCAGGAUGAGCCGGGAGCCCAGAACCGCCGGCUGCUGCCAGAAGUCCCCAACGCCCUUCACAUCCUGGACGGACCCGAACAACGCUACUUCCUGGGCCUCGUGGACCUUGCCACUGUCUACGGGCUCCGCAAGCGGCUGGAGCACCUGUGGAAGACGCUGCGUUACCCUGGCCGGACCUUCUCCACCGUCAGCCCAGCUCGCUACGCCCGUCGCCUCUACCAGUGGGUGGAGGCGCACACCGAGUGACCAGCGCCGGCCCGCGUCCUUCCCAUUCGGACAAUGGGCACACGCAGAGAGCGGGUUCAAGCCUGGGCGGGGCAGGGGGUCGGGCUCCCAUUGCCUGCUGUUCCUACUGCUGGCCUCUAGAGGGCAGCAUUCCCCAGCUAAUACUAGGACAACACAGCCUCAUUUGAUGGUGAUGCUGUGCCGGGCAUUGUGCCAGGGACUCCCCACAUUAGCUCAUUUAAUGCUCAAAAAAUGCUAUUAUUCUCUUUUUACAGACCAUGAAAUGGAGGCUGAGGGGGUGAAGGGACUGAGCAAGAUCCUUCAGCAAUAAAUGCUGAAACCAAGACUCGACUGUGCCUUUUGGACUCAGGAGGCUGUAUUCUUACUCACCAGCUCCCGCAGCCUUGUCCUCAUGCUCUGGGGAGGAGGGGAGGCUGAAGCCUCCAGCCCUGCCCCCUUGUAGUUCAGAUGGGGAAACUGAGGGCCAGAGACUUUAAGGGGCUUAUGCACGGGUACGUGGCAAGGCCAGCCCGAGAACACAGGCCUCCCUACCUCCUGCUCUAGGAGGGCCCACUGGCCUCCCUCUGGGGUGGCCCCCCUCACUCAUGCUUCUCUAGGGAUGCAGGUGGGAUAUUGAGGGGCCUGCCACUCUAGGAUGCACUAUGCUGUAGUCCACUAUUGAUCUUGAAUAAGCUUUGCCUUCCUUUGAGAGUCACUUUUCUCAUCUGAGAAAUGGGGACAGGGGUUGGUGGUCAGACCAAGGACCCUGGCUAAACAGACAUCACUAGGAGCAGAGAAGCAAAGUGCCUGCAUAGCCCCUCCCUCCUCCAGGAAACUCCAGCCUGGCCUCUGACAUCGUCCAAUCCGGCCAUGCCCAAGCGGGCCUUUCCUAUAGAGCUGACAGGGGCCUGGUUGUGUGACCAGGGCAAGAUGCUAAACCUCUCUGUGCCUCAGUGGUCUAAUCUGUAAGAUGGAAAGGAUGAAAAUGG